AUGCGUACAGGGAAGGCACGCUCCGAGGGACAGGCGUUCCACCGCCGUCUCCUCUCGGAGUAUAACACGGAGAUCACGCUCGAAAAUUACGUCUCGUAUUUUGAGCUGAAGCCCAUCGCAAAGACGGUGGAGCAGCUGAGGAUGAGAAUCAAUAAACUGGAAGCAAAUGACCCGGGCUCACCGAUGUCAUGCGAGGGCACGCUGCCGACCGUGAGUUCAACACCGACCACAACGACAGAGAAGAGGGCGGGCACCCUGACGAUGCUGGAGCUGGUGGAGCAGCGGCGGUGCGCGGAGGAUGAGUUCUUCGAGCAGCUAGACGCCUCCUUCGAGAAGGUGAAGAACUACCUGUUGAAGCUCGAGGUGGAUCUCCUCUCGCGUGUGAAGGAGCUGCGGCAGUUGACGGAAGAGGAGAUCCGCGCGCGGCCGGAGGAGCGCAUUCCGCAGCUGUACGUGAAGGUGCAGUCGAUCCUGCAGUACCGCGCCCUCAACCUCGCAGCGUUCCGCAAGAUCAUGAAGAAGUUCAUGGAGCGCUGCGCCUGCGACAGCCUUUCCCUUCAGCAGCGCCUGAUGGCUGUGGAUGACAUCAUCUCCUCCAGCGCACUCUCGCAGCCGCGCAUCAAUCUGCGCCGCAUUGCGCUCGACCUCAUUGCGCUCUACGGCACAGUCUUUCACUUUACGUAUGAGGAAACGGUGGCGCAUCUCAGCCGCUACGAGCACAAGGCAGGUGUGAACAUACGCCGCAUCCUGCCACACAGCGACACCUUCUUCUUCACCCUCAACUUCCCGCACCAGGAGCGGCCGGGUGACUUUGCGGUGCGCAUUCUGCCCGGCAACACGAGCAUCUUCUGCCAGAAGAUGAUCUGCGAGGUACUGCAGUGCGAGCGUUUUCCGCCGUGUUGUACGCAGUUCCCGAAUGGGGAGAUCAACGUGAAUCUUCCCCGUGCGAUCCGCGGCGAUGACGUGUUUGUGCUGCAGUCACUCGUGAAGCGCGACCCCCUCGCUCUGUCGCACUCCGGCACAUUUAUGGAGCUUGCACUGAUGUUGCACGCAGCCAAGAUGAGCUCGGCUGCACGCAUCACCGCCGUCAUUCCGUACAUCGCGUACACCGCCAGUGUCUCGUCAAUGGCGGCUGUAGCAGAGCUUCUGGAGACGAUGGGCUGCCAGCACGUCAUUACGGUGGAUCUCUCGAGCGAGCAGGUGGAAGGCAUGUUCUCCGUGCCACUGGAGACGAUAUCGGCAAAGUACGAAUUCGUUCGCUACAUUGCGAACCACCUGACGAACGAGGGACACGACUUCCGCAACAUUACGAUUGUGGCAACGACUGGGGCAUCGGUUAACCGCGCACGACACUUCGCGGAUGCGCUAAUGCAGUACAAGGAGCUCUCAAGCGAGGAUCAGUUCGUUUCCGUAUGUACGGCGGUGCAGCGACAGAUGUGUGUCCCGCAGCAGCAGCAGCAGCAAACAGUCCUCUCUCCAGUCUCGGGUGAUCACUACAGCUGCACGCAAGGCGGAGUGGAGGGUGAAGCGUCGAGUUUCUCUUCCUCCACCGAUAGGGAGGUCGCGGCACACACUAGCCGGGCUCCCAUUGAACCCCUGCAGACCUCUCUGAUGAACCCUGAUAAGAACGCUAAUGCCACUGAUGACGCCGGCGGCAGCGGCAUUAGCAACUCCAAACAGCAGAAGCAGCAGCAGCAGAAACAACUACAACAGCCUUCGGUAUCCCCUUCGAGCGAGCAGAGUCACCUAUCUCUUGGAGGUGCCUGCACGUUGGCGUUCGAGCAGGCACUACGGCGGCAGGAGGAAGGCAUUUGUGCCAUUCGCAACGUCCCUGUCGACGACACGACGGCGACCGACGAUGUUUUGCUCGUUGGCGAUGUGAAGGAUCGGCUAUGCAUCAUUGUCGACACAUUUAUUGACGAAGCGAUCAUCAUCUGCCGCACCGCGUGGAAGCUGCGUGAGGCGGGCGCAAGCCGCAUUAUUCUGCUCGCGACGCACUUCAUUGUGUCGGGUGGGGCGGUGGAGCGGCUUAUCCACAGCCCAAUUGACCUCGUCGUUGUCACUGACAGCGUCGACCAGGACGAGGUGUUCACGAACCCCCGCAUCGCGCAGAAGCUGCGCGUGCUGCCCAUCGCCCCGCUCCUCGCCCGCGCCAUUGAGAAGGUGCACACGGAGAACUCGCUCACGACGCUGUUCGAGAUGUAA